GUAAAAUAUCUUAAAACCAUUUUUUUUUUUAAUAAAUAAUUUUCAAAUUUUUUUAAUUAAUUCAAUUUUUUAAGUGGAUGUUGAUAAUGCUAUUAGACGUUUCAGAUAGAGUCUGAAAAUUUAUGAUGAACCGUAAUGUCAAUCGAUUUCAUAUACGUUUUUACGAUCGCGAAAUUCCUUCUUUUAAUUCUUUUUUAAUUUUUUUUAUAACGUAUAAAAAACCUACUUUGGAAUAUCACAAUAGAAUCAUACGUACUGCGUCCUAUUGAGAUUGGUUAAAAUUCUGUUUUGGAUUAAAGUUGCGCCAUGUAUUUACAAUCUCGUGAUUCUGUUCAAACUUCGAUUUCAACAUCGAAAAAAACGUCUAAGAGUCACAAAAUUUUAGCGGAUGCGGUCAAAACUUCACCAAUGUCACAAUAUAAACUAUCUUCAGAGCUCCAAUCAAAUCAUCCACUCUCCAUGGAAAAAUCAAAAAAAGAAAAAAAAAACUCACGCGAAACUAAUGUUAAAGCAUUAAUUCAAAAGUUUCAACAGGGUGUCGAAAUAAAAGCUGCAGAGCGCCCGUCUUCACCAAAUGUGAAUAAUUAUGCGUGUCAACCAAAAUCGUCAAAUUCGUCCAGCGAACGUCAAAGCUUACGUCAAUCGUCUCAUAGAGUGGAAUACUUAAAGCUGGGUUCAACAAUGUCAGACGAUGGAUAUAAUGGUACCGCACCCAUUCAUUCCUUAGAUUCUUUUAAAGAAUGCCGUACUCGUUCCAUGAAAAAAGGGUCUAUUUCUAUGUAUGAUUGGGCAUUAAGAAAUCCGUAUAAUGCUGUUUUUCGGAUGGACCAAGAAAGUAAAGCUACUGCCAGUACAGGUGUUCGUCGUGUGAUUCCUAAAGGCAGUAUCGCUCGAAAUAGUAGUUUGCGUCCAUUGCAUAUUUUUGUUGGAACAUGGAAUACGUCGUAUGGAGAAUUCUUAAAAGAAUCAAUGCUAGCUAAUCCUGAUGCAUAUAUGAAUCACGUAUCCCGAAAAUUUACAAAAACCAAGGCAUUACAUGAUACACAACAUGUGAAUAAUCUAAUGAUUGGUAGUUUAGAUAAACACUAUCAUAUGAAAAGAGAAGAAGUUCGCAAAAAUUAUAUGUCAUAUUUAAAUAACAAUAAAAUACUGAGCACGUUCUCCUCAAGGGAACUAUUAUCUCUAGAUAGUUUAAGAAAACCAAAUCUAUGUUAUUCACACUCAAUUGAAAAUUUUGGAUUGUCCGAGUCGGACGCUGAACUUGGCUGCUCAAUAAUGGAUAAGGACAUUCAUACAAGUGGUUCACACACAUCUAGUUUGUGUGAGUCAAAAGAUAGGAGUGAAAAGAGUUUUCGAAAAAGGUUUUAUGAUAUAGAACCUUUGUCGGAUUGGUUAACACCAGGUUAUGAUAUUUACAUUAUUGCUCUACAAGAAGUCAUUUCUGAUGAAUUACUAAAUGCGAUAUUAAUUUAUUUAAAUCGAGUGAAUUCUCAAACGUUUCAUAGGGUGCAUUUUAAUGAACAAAAAAUUUCAGGAUUAGGUAAGAACUGCUUCAUGGCAAUGUUUUACGUUAUUUUAAUCAUCAUUUUUCGAUGCUUUUGCAAUUCAUUCAAACAAAAAAAUGCAGGGGAUGGUGCUUACAUGACACUAAAAAGCACGUUGAUAGCAUGUUUUCUUUCCGAAAAAUGUACAGAGGAAACGAGUUGUGUUCAAGUUGGAUCAUCAAAAGGAAUUUCUUUAAGUUCAUUAAACGGUUCUAAAGGGGCAGUUUCUAUUAUAUUAACCAUUUACGGCCAAGUGGUUUGCUUCAUAUCGUGUCACUUGCCAACUGGGAAGCCAAGUACACGCGUUAAAGCUCGUGAAUUGAUAAGACGAAAACUAGCACAAGCUUAUAGUGGACUCUCAGAUGUUGACCCAACAGAUGUAUUUCAUCAUAUAGUGUGGGCUGGAGAUUUUAAUUUCCGUGUACAAGAACUCCCUGCCGUUUGGGUUGUGAAUUGUUUGGUUAAAAAGGAUCUUGAAAGUGUCUGUUCUUUUGAUGAACUUAAAUAUUCAGAGUAUAAUGUUGAUUUUGAAAAUGAAGGGUUUGAGGAGUUGCCAAUAUCUUUUUUUCCUACCUAUAAAAAAUUUGUUGGGAGAAAGCCUGUUGACGUGAAUGAUCCCGAAUGGGUUCGAAAACAGUAUAAUGUCAAUUUUAAAGUUCGUUGGUACAAAAGAGGGAAAAUUGAGCAACGUAUACCUUCCUGGACAGAUCGUAUUCUUAAGUGGUCACAUCCUGAUCUUCAAAGUUGUUGUUUGUUAAUUCCGAAAACUUACGUUGCAUGUUGUCCAACAUCAGAUAACUUUUUACUCGAUUCAGAUCAUAGUCCAGUAGCAUGUGGAAUGAUUUUUACUGCCUUGGAUGAAUUUUAUGCCCUACCUCCUGUAAUGUUUCAAGAUUGCAGAGAGAAAGGUGUACAAAUACCAGUAACUGAUAUAUUGAAAGAUUCGCGUAACACUGUCAAAUUGCGUAAAGUUUCCACUUCGCAUAUUGUGUAAACGCUUGUUGCAUAAAUUUGUCUAUCCCCAGCAUCACCCCUUUCUUCUUGUUAAAUUAUUACAAUACAUCAACUAAUAAAAAAAAUUAAAAACUUAAUUUUUCAUUACAUUUCUAAUCUAAUUUAUCUCUUUCAUUUUAUAGAAAAACCUUUUUUUGCUGUUUUAAAAAAGUACAAAGAUUAAUUUUUUUUGUUUUAUUCUUGGCCACUGCGUUAAUUGGACCAAAUAAGAAAAAUUGGAUAGAAAAAAAACUUUUUACUACUUAAAGUGCGUAAAAAACGAAACGAAUUUUGGUAGAUGACUUGAUUUUAUACAUUUCGAUGCUUUUAUUUUUUCCUUUUGAGAUUCGAUAAAAAAUGGUGUUACGAAACGAAUGAAUUCUUAUGAACUUAUAAGCUUAAAAAGUCCAGUGUUCUUUAAAUUUUUUAAAUGUGGACAAGGUGAUUCAGUAAUUCUAGGGUUUGAAAAAAUAAGACAUUUGGCGGCUACUACACAAAAAUGUUUUUGUUUGUUUCAAUUUCAAAGAAAACGUACUUGAACGUGUGGAAAACGUGCUUAAAUUCUAUUGGAUCCACAAAAAGUGAAAAUCAAAAGUAACGUAAACGGAAGAAAAAUUGAAGAAAACGUAUUGUUGGAUAAUUUUUUUUGGCUGUAAAAUAAAUGAAAUGUUGAAAGUUCCAGAACAAGCCGCAGGUGUUUUAACACAACAUUCCAAAAAACAUUUCGAAAACCAUUCUUUACGUCAAAAAAAAUAUGUACAUCGCGACGACUCAAAUAUAUUUGGUGCAGAUAUCGACCAAAACCAAAAGAAGACAAAUGGAUUGAACGAAUCCGCAAACAUUUCAGAAAACAUUACUACAACAAACGACCAACUUUUGGAAGGUAGUUUAAGUGGAUUGAAUGACGAGAACAGUAUACAAACUUCAAAUAACAUGAACGAUUCCAAUCAAAACGGCAGUUUUUUUGAAAAUCGGUGGAAAACAGUCGAAAAAUCACCAGUGAUACUUUGUAUUGUUCGUAAGCCCGGUUACCCUAAGUUAUCUGCAAUGGAAGAUUGCAGUGGUAAAAUGCUUUAUUUUCGUCGUGAGAAAUCGGUCACAACUUCUUUUAAAAAUGAAGACAACCUUUGUAAUGAUCGAUUUUUGACUAGUAAAGAAACAGCUAAAAUGUUGGAUGUCGUCAAAACUCCACGUAAUCGUUCUCCUUUAACGGAUACACUUUAUGGACCGUUUUGUAACGCAAUGGUUGACGCCAAUGCAGGCCGUGUGGACCAUCUAGAUAGAACUUGUGUACCAAAAUAUUUCAAUUCUGACAAGACUAAUGGAUUCAGUUUAAAAAAACGCUUUACUGAAUUGAUAAAUAAGAAUCGUAUCUAUGCUACAGACGGUUUCCUUGUGGGUGACGAUGCAUCGUUGAACAAAUCGAAUUUCACUUGUCAUCGAUACGAGCCAAGAAGACAUGAGGAUGCACCUCAGAAGUAUCAUGGACGAGCUCGAAUUAUUGCUCCCUGGACGCAAUCUUCAAAUGUUCUGCAAUAAAUAUUAUAAGUAUAAAAAUUCAAGAGAAACGCUUGCUCUUGAUAAAUUUUCACGUUUAAACAAUGCGCUACAAAUCUAAUCUUUUGUUACGCGCUGGGAUUGCAAAUCUUUUAAUUAAAUGUUUUCAAAAAACAAAAAGACGUUCUUCCUUAUUCUCGAUAAACUACAGAUGGUUUUUUGUUUAGAAUAUUAUGAAACUCAGUGUUGUAUUCCAAAAUCAAUUAAAAAAAAACAACUGCUAAUAUAUGUUUCAUGGCUUAGUCGUUUCGAGUAACAUUAGUAAAAAUCUUGAAACAAAUCGUGUAAUAAAAUCACAUCAAUCUAGAAAUGUCCCUAGACACGAGUUCAAUUGUUUUGUGGACUCUAGGGGCGCAAAUCUACAAGUCUCAGCAAAGUCUCAAGGUGUAUUAUAGUAUUGCCACUUUUUUGUCAGACUGGGAAAAAAACAUGUUUCCACUAUGUAUGUGGAAAUCAAUCAAAUUGUAGUUCUCCAAAACACUGUCACUCGUUCAAAGUCCGUACUAAUUCUUUAAAAAUACUUUUUAUCCAUGUUAGUUGAAUUAGUUUCAUCGUUUCUUGGUGUCGGUAUAGCUAUUAUUGUUAUAUUUACGGCAGCCUCUUUAUUUCGGUUAUAACAAAACAAGUAUGUUCAUUAAAGACAUUGCAUCAAAAAAAACUUCAAAGGAUCAGAGUUCAAAGCAUGAAUGUUUUCACAGAUGCUGUGAUAGAGUUCGUGUUAAACCAAAAUAUUGAUGUCUUAUCGAUUUUAACAAAAUGAAUUUUUUUUUUGUAGCAUUUUAACAUUAUGCUAGUAUGUAUUUUUUUUGUGAGGGGGGAAGGGUAGUAAUCUGUCAAAAUCACAUGAAAUAGGUGUAAUAUAUACUGAACGAAAACAAUUGUUAUCAAAAAAGUUCGUUUUGGC